UAAUCCCCCGACUUCCGGCCUGUGCGUUCGACUUCCGGUCACUUUGUUCCACCCGACUUCCGCUCUGCACCGGAUGUGAGGUCCCCGCGCUCCUCCCCUCUGGUCUCCGCCCUCUGCGUCCGGGUGACGGGUGACAGGGAGACAUCGCUGUGUGUGACACCGCCAGUAGUGAAAAAGACUUCUGGUGACCAUCUGCCACCCUUCAGCUGUGCCUCUACCUCACUCACUGAUACAUGAGAGACACAAUAACCAGAAGAUCCUGGAGCUCACCAACAAGAUCAUUCAGCUGGUGACUGGAGAGGAGUGGGAGUAUAUAGAGGAACACAGGGGUCUGUACAAGGACGUGAUGAUGGAGAAUCACCGGCCCCUCACAUCACUGGAUGGGGCAAGUAACAGGAAUACUCCAGAGAGAUGUCCCCGUCCUCUUUAUUCCCAGGAUCAUACAGAGGAGAAUCACAGUGUCCCACAGGAGGAUCAGGGUGAAGUUCUGAUUAAUAUUAAGGCAGAAGAGGAAGAGUUGCUAGUGAAUGAUAUAAAGUUAGAAGACAUUAAAGAGGAGGAAGAGACGUAUGUGAGGGGUGAUCAGCAGUGUAAGGAGGAAAAAAUCCCUACAGGUAUCAUCAGCACAGAUAAACACAGCAGCAGGAAUACCUCAGAGGAACGUCUCCGUUUAUCUCCAGACGGUGAUAUAGAAGAUAAUAUCAUCACACAAGAUUCUACAGAAGAAAAAUCAAUUACCCCAAUUAUACAUCCAGCAACACAAAGUGCAGAUACAGCAUCAAAUCCCUCAAACCAUGGGGAAUUUGUUCCUGAUACAUCAGAUAUAGGUGAAUCUGUUACACUUCAUACUGAAGAUAAAAUACUUCCCAGUUCUAUAGAUGCCAAAUGUAUACAGAACACAAAGCUAAUUACAAAUCAGCCCGCUACGACAGGUGAGAAACCAUUUCCAUGUUAUGAGUGUGGAAAAUGGUUUACACGGAAAUCAUCUUUAGUUAUGCAUCAGAGACAUCACACAGGCGACAAUCAAUUUCCAUGUUUUGAGUGUGGGAAAUGUUUUACACAGAAAUCAGCUCUUGUUACACAUGAGAGACUUCACACAGGUGAGAAGCCAUUUUCGUGUUCUGAGUGUGGAAAGUGUUUCACACGCAAAUCAAUUCUUGUUAUGCAUGAGAGAACUCACACGGGUGAGAGGCCAUUUCCAUGUUUUGAGUGUGGGAAAAGUUUUACACAGAUAUCAAAUCUUGUUAUACAUGAGAGAUGUCACACAGGUGAGAAGCCAUUUCCAUGUUCUGAGUGUGUGAAAAGUUUUUCACGGAAAUCAUCUCUUAUUAAACAUGCACGAACUCAUACAGGUGAGAGGCCAUUUCCAUGUUCGGUGUGUGGGAAAUUUUUUACGCAAAAAUCACAUCUUGUAACACAUGAAAGAAGUCACACAGGUGAGAAGCAGUUUCCAUGUUCUGAUUGUGGGAAGUGUUUUACACGGAAAUUAUCUCUUGCUAAACAUGAGAGAACUCACAAGGAUGAGAGACAAUUUCAUUGUUCUGAGUGUGGGAAAUGUUUUACACAGAUAACAGAUCUUGUUAGACAUAAGAGAUGUCACACAGGUGAGAAACCAUUUCCUUGUUCUGAGUGUGGGAAUAGUUUUACACGGAAAUCAUCUCUUAUUAAACAUGCGAGAACUCACACAGGUGAGAAGCAAUUUCCAUGUUCUGAUUGUGGGAAAUGUUUUACACGGAAAUUAUCUAUUAUUAAACAUGCGAGAACUCACAAGGAUAAGAGGAAAUUUCAAUGUUCUGAGUGUGGGAAAUGUUUUACACAGAUAUCAGAUCUUGUUAGACAUGAUAGAAUUCACACAGGUGAGAAGCCAUUUCCAUGUUCUGUGUGUGGGAAAUGUUUUACACAGAUAUCACAUCUUGUUAGACAUGAGAGACGUCACACAGGUGAGAGACCAUUUUCAUGUGCCGAGUGUGGGAAAUGUUUUACACGGAAAUCAUCACUUGUUAUACAUGAGAGAUCUCACACAGGUGAAAGUCCAUUUCCAUGUUCUGUGCGGGUCAUUCAGAGUUAAUCUCUCGCUAGCAGUUUUUAGCAGCCGUGCAAACUCUAUGCCGCCGCCCACUGGGAGUGUAUUUUAGCUUAGCAGAAGUGCAAACGUUUUUAUCGCAGAGCGCCUGCCAACAUUUUUUGUGUAGUUUCAGAGUAGCUUAAAACCUACUCAGCACUUGCGAUCACUUCAGACUAUUCAGUUCCGGAGUUGACGUCACACACCCGCCCAGUGUUCGGCAGCCAUGCCUGCGUUUUUCCGAACACUCCCUGAAAACGGUCAGUUGCCACCCAGAAACGCCCACUUCAUGUCAAUCAUUCUGCGGCAACCAGUGUGACUGAAAUGCAUCGCUAGACCCUGUACAAAACUGCAUCGUUCGUUGUGCCCGUACGACGCGCGUGCGCAUUGCGCCGCAUACGCGUGUGCAGAACUGCCAUUUUUAAGCCUGAUCGCUGCGCUGCGAACAAAUGCAGCUAGCCAUCAACUCGGAAUGACCACCUAUGUGGGGGAAAUGUUUUACGCAGAUAUCAGUUCUUGUUAGACAUGAGAGAAGUCACACAGGUGAGAGUGGUUACGCAAAGACUAUUUCUUUUAACAGAAAAAAUUUAAAGGAAAAAGGCAUCUGUAAGAUGAUAGACCUGAAACUGGGGCACUGCACUAUUCUAAAUAUUGGACAAGGUUAAUUUUAUUAAUGAAAAUUUUUAAUUCUUUUAGUACAGGUUUAAGACUCCUGGCUCAAUCCUGUAUUUUGCUAUUUGUUGAAAGACUUUGUUUAAACAGCUUUUCUCUGACGUCCUAGUGGAUGCUGGGUACUCCGUAAGGACC